AAUGCAGUCGACGUGAAGGUCAAGGGUCGUACUGUGUAACGUGUCAGCAGACUGUCACCAUACCGGUGUCUUCUGUUUCUCUGCUGACUCUUACACAAAUUGUCACCCGUCGUUGUACUGGCACUUUAUCCCAGAAAAUGGCCACAAAGCGGGGGGAUAAACGAAACAGUGACGGCUUGGUGUUGUCACAGGAGGAAGUGGGCGCUAAUGCUAAGGACUCCAUAGCACUGACAGACGGUCGUCAUGUUGCAGGUAGCUCAGCCCGCAUGUCUCUCCUCAUUCUGCUGGCUAUCUUCACCAGUUCAGCCUCAGCCAUGUAUCUGGUCUACAGGAACUUUCCAGAGCUUCCUGAUGAUGAAAUGGAGAAAAUCAAGAUCCCCAAAGACAUGGAUGAUGCUAAAGCUUUGGGAACCGUCCUAUCCAAAUACAAAGACACUUACUACAGCCAGGUGUUGGUGGCCUACUUUGCAACAUAUGUUUUCCUACAGACAUUUGCAAUCCCUGGAUCCAUUUUCCUCAGCAUCCUGUCUGGAUAUCUUUACCCAUUCCCCUUGGCUCUCUUCUUAGUCUGCUUGUGUUCUGGUUUGGGGGCCUCCUUUUGCUACAUGCUUUCUUACCUGGUAGGCCGACCCAUGGUCUACAAAUAUCUCACAGAAAAAGCCCAAAAGUGGUCCCAGCAGGUUGACAAACAUAGAGGUCAUUUAAUCAAUUACAUCAUUUUCUUGAGGAUAACUCCCUUCCUUCCCAACUGGUUCAUCAACAUCACCUCGCCAGUCAUCAAUGUGCCCUUAGGGGUUUUCUUCAUUGGAACCUUUUUAGGUGUGGCGCCGCCAUCUUUUGUGGCCAUCAAUGCAGGUACGACACUGUACAAACUGACUACAGCUGGCGAGGCCGUGUCCUGGAACUCUCUGGCUGUGCUCGGCGUCCUGGCUGUGCUCUCCAUCUUGCCCGUCUGCUUCCAGAAAAAGCUGCAGCAGAAACUAGAGUAGAUCACUAAAGACCUCAGCACCUGAUCUGCAGGCUGAUUCCACUCCCAGUAACACACCCCACCCCCUCCUAUUUACUCCAGAUCCUUUGCCUCAGGAACGUGUGUCAAGUUGCUAUGCCUUGGUCACAAUUACUUGACAUCCCGGUGGAAGGUUCUCCCGGCAAUGACAUGACAAACAUGCCUCAAUGGUCCACACAGUGUUGGUUUCUUCCUGAUGUUUGAACUGGUCACCGUGCGAACAUGUUUUAUUUUCUGUGAAUUACUUUUCUGAUUGUGCACACCCUCUACAUAAGAGAAUGUGAUUUUUUAUUUAAGGCACUGCAUUGACUGGUUUGAUCCUUGCUUGACAGUUAAAGGCACUACUUUGCAGGAUAUUGAAUAGAAUCAAUCACAAUAUUCAGCAUUGUUUUCUUUAGAAAAUGAUGGCGCCAAUGUCCUCCUUUUUAAUGGGUUAUAGUGUUACUGCUUUCUAAAAACAGCCAUUCUUCCGGUGAAUGACAUCAACAUCCUAUUUGUAGCACCUAAACGUUCACUCCCUAUCAUGUUUUAGGAUUAUUUUGUUUUCUCUGUCUCUUGCGCCUAAAAAAAAAAAGCAAUAACUGUCAGUGUCACUGUUGCGUUAAAAGUGAAGUUUAGUUGUUUUUUUUUAAAUCUGGUGCUUGCUUAAGCAAAUGUAAAAAGUGCAGAGGAGGAAAUGAAGAUGUACAGUCAAGUAAAAAUGAAACUUGACCGUGAUACAGUAAGCAGCUUUUGUUUAUUUGAUUCUUGAGUUCUACCUCUUAAACAUGCCUGUAUCUGCUGCCACAUAGUACACAUAGUAUAGUAGUUUAGUUUUUCCCCCCAAAUAACCAAAACUAGUAGAAUUUCAAAACUAUACAUGUCUCAAGAACAAGUUAAUGCCCCCUGUUUUGUGUUGAGGUUUGUUAAUAUAGGGACGAUGAUGCACGCCUGUAUUUAAAGAGCUUAUGUGCGUCUAGAUCAGGGGUCACCAACGUGGUGCCCGCAAGCCUGAUUUUCAUUCAGGUUUUGAGUUAAUAAUGAAAGAACAGUAGAAAGAAAUGCAUUCUGAAAUACAAAAUGUGAGUUGUGGAUACCAGCAUUUUGUUAAUGUUCUGGUAAAACAAGCAUAUUCGCUUUGUUUGGGUUUAAAAUAAGCUUUGAAAAUAAAUGUUACAAAAAUGAGUAGCUCUUGGCCAUUUUCAUUUUGUAAAAGUAGCUCUCACAAGGAAAAACGUUGGUGACCCCUGGUCUAAACCCACUACAGUGCUCCAGUACAGAUUUGUGCCAACCAACUCUUUUUGGAAGGUCUAAAUCUUGUCCCAUUACGGUCAUUAGAGUUUUUGAUUCUGUUUUUGCCCUACUCUACCAACUAAUGCAGUAAACGUACACACAGGCGAGGCGUUUUUAUAUAAGACUGCUUUAAUUUUUUUAAUCUACUUAUUUAUAGCGUUGUCAGAUUUUGUAUUUUAUUCAUUGGGUCAUUUAAAUGUCUUGAUGUUAAACCGUUUUCUGUUAAGUACUGUAAGAUUUUUUUUUUUUUUUUUUUAAAGCAUUUUGAAUGAUAAACAGAAAUAUGCUAAUCUAAGAAAAUUUGCUCUCAGAUAUGUUCCUUUUCAUUCAUAAAUGAAUGAAAAACAUGUUUUCCUCGUCAGAGCUUUGGAAUUUGUUUCAUGUUUCUCACUGGACUGGCUUAGAAGGAAGCUCUGUUUAAAGGGUCUUUCAAUUGGUAAACUGAUGAAACUGGGAAAUAAUGUCUUAAUGAAUAAACAAUAACAUUCUGUAUCAAA